AUGUCGCUCGAUCUCGAGCCCGAUUCCUUCCACUACACAAGCAAGGAGACCAUGCACGUCAUUGCAGCAUCCCCCAAACGGAGCGCCCCAUCGACGCGGAAGCCUAUUUGUGGGAAGCAAGAAUUGCCCGGAAGUGCCAAGACCACGGAGCUGCCUCGCUCGAAGCUCAACCCUCAAGAGACGCAGCGUCAUUUGCUCUCACAGCUCAAGCUUCUCGGAGAUGCAGUACUCGACGAGCAAGACGCGUUCCGUGAGAGCAAGAUCGAGGCCUUGUGUUGCCACGGCUUCGCGACGCUGAAAACGCAGGCGUCCAAGCACGUUCAACAUUUGCAGUCUCGCAUGGGCACGGACGUGAUCGAAACGAACCUUAAUGCGGCCCUCAAGCUGCAUCGCGACACGAUGGACCAGCUUACCGGCCUUCAAGGUGCUGUGAGCAGCCACUUGGACACGUCCGACACAGCAGAAGACGAGCUGCUGCAAGGAUGCUUUGACCUCAAGCACACGGUCCUUGAGACGCUUCGUACCAAGUGGCAAGACCAAUUGCGCCCCGCACAAAAGAAGUCGGACACGUGCCGCAGUAUGCGGGCUCGGCAACUGCACAACAAGCUGCAAGAAAUCAGCACCAAGUUCAACACGAGCGAUCUGCACGCAAUGCAAGCCAUGCUCGGCCGCAUCUAG